AUGGGGAGCAAUGUAGAUCUCACGGUGGAGUUCACCGGAGGUCUAGAAAUGCUCUUUUCAGAUCAACGAAAGCACAAGAUAUCAAUACCCGCCGAGGAGUCGAAAGGACAACCUGCUACAGUUGCAUUUCUCAUCCAGUGGCUGUGCGAUAAUCUCAUGAAGGAUCCGAGAAAGGAGAUGUUUGUGUUGGACGAUUCGGUACGGCCGGGCAUACUCGUCCUCAUUAACGAUGCUGACUGGGAGCUGGAAGGAGAGGAUAAAUACGAAGUCCAGGCUGGCGACAACAUCGUCUUCGUGUCAACUUUGCACGGUGGUUGA